CAAUUAAGAUAUCUGAAGCAUUUCUAAAUGGUUUUGGCAGGAAGCACUGACAGCCAGAGGCUCUGUGUACUGAUUGACCAUAUGAGAUCCAGCAAAAUCAAGCAUAUAGAACUCAUAUAUUACUGGUGUAAAUCAUCUAUAGGCGAUGAAGACAAAGUGGACUGGAUCUUAAUUAUAAUCCAGCAAAACACUGUAAACUAUUGGCUUAAUUAUGAGUUGCUAAUUGGAGUUCACACUUUAACAAACCAUUAUUUAGAAACCAAAAUAGAGAGAUUCACACAUAAUACACAAAAUGACAGUGUAGUUUGUUUGUGGCUAGGUAUGUGAUGUGAACCUGGCAAUUCCGAUACAGUUCUAAGUUUUUGUUAAGAAAUGGUUAUCUCAUAGCUCCUCUUGUAUUUUGUUUUCUUUACCCUCUCAGGCUUCUGUCUGCCCUGAAGGAAAUUAAGAUUUUUGCCUAACUCAUCCGUCAGAUUCUCCCCUCCCUCCCAUCUCCGCCCACCUCCACCGGUACCCGCUGGUGGACUGACGUAUUACAGUGCAAUAAGCUUUGUCAACAGGUGACUCCAACAAUCCGUAUAAAGACUGCUCCGCGAAGCUGAGCUACAUUUCAGAACCAUGGAGAGCUCUCGCUUCUUCGCCCUGCUGGGAGCUGCUUUAUUGUUGCUUGCGGGAAUCCGCGGUCAGGAAGAAGGCGAACUUCAAUCCCGAGGUUUGGAUCUCUAUUCCACCAUGGAAGAUACGUCCCACGAAAAGGAGCUGAUUGAAGCACUGCAGGAAGUCCUGGAGAAGCUGAAAAGCAAACGGCUCCCACAUUAUGAGAAGAAGUAUGGUCAAGUUCCCAUGUGUGAUGCAGGAGAGCAGUGUGCUGUGAGAAAAGGUUCCAGGAUUGGAAAACUCUGUGACUGUCCCAGAGGAACAUCUUGCAAUACUUUUCUUUUGAAGUGCUUGUAAAGUAAAGUCCUUCCCUCAACCUCUGGAGAGAACAGAAAAGAAUCAGUUGCCUUGUCUGAAGAAUUAAUCCUGAGUUAUGGAUGCAGGUGGGUGGGGUGGAGAAUGGUCUGUAUUCAUCACAUACAAAGUAAUGGGUGGUGGGAGGGACAUGGGUGUAAAGGUUGUACUAUUGCUUUUAGGAUUUCUUCUUGCCAUUUCUUCUUACUGUUAUUUUCCUUCUUUGUUCCUGUCCUAUUUUUCCCCUAUAUUUGUACAUCAGUGUUCAGAGAAUGAAUUGAUAUUUCCAAAACUUUAUUUUUGAAUGUAGAUGGUCCCCAUGAAAAUUGGCUCUACAAAAUGUAUUUAUUUAUUUUCUUUCAAAUGCAAACACAAGAACAAAUUAGAGGACAAAUACUGGAGUUAAUCAAAUUAACAAUACAUAGGAAUGAUUCCAAGAUUCAAACAUUUUAAAAAUAAAACACAAAUAUCCAUUUCCCAAACAAAAUACACAUGUAUGCCAAUUGUAAGAAAACAGUGGCACUAUUUCAAAAAUAAUCUACUAAGCCAUUAUUUCAUCUCAAUUUGGUAGUACCUUCACCCAGUACCUCCAGCUUUCUCAGGCAAUCAUAUUUUUGAAAUAAAUAGCAGAGGAAGUGACAGAUUUUGUCUCCUGGGGUCUUUUGAGAAUAAGAUGGAAAGAAAAGCUAGGAAUAUUUUUCCUUGACAAAAUCUGUAAUGGAAUUCCUGAUGUUUCUUUCAGAAAGAGCAGCAUAAUAUGCAAUUAAUAAUAGUAAUUCAAAUAUGUGUCAAAUAGUGACACCCUGACCAAGUCAUCAGCACAUGUCUAUUUCCUGAUGACUAAGUAGAAAGAUAUGAGACAAGUUGUUGUUAACAUUAUACUUGGUUGAUUAGUAUAUGUAUUGAAGGAUAUUGCAAAGACCUACUUCAAAUUAAAAUUUCUGAAUAUUUAUCAUCAGUUUUGUCUAUUAAUAGACUUUGAUUAUUGCCAUAUAGUAUUGUUUUGAGGACCAGUGCACAUAUCAGUGCUUCCAAGCAGCAUUGUUGUUAUAUUAAUUUCUAGGUUAAGACUUUGUCAGGAUUGAGGAGAAUUUGGCUGAGCAUAAGAAAUGAAAGCGUUAUGAAAUAUAUGAGGACGACAAGAACUCCCAUCUUUCAAAAUUGCAUAUAUAUAUGUAUGUAUGUAUGUAUGUAUGUAUGUAUGCAUGCAUGCAUGCAUGCAUACAUAUACAUA